AUGGCAAAGUCAUUACAACUCAAGGAGGAAGGCAACCGUCGCUUCCAGGCGGGCGACUAUGUCAAGGCCGAAGCCCUCUACUCCCAAGCCCUCAUUGUCGAUCCCACCAACCCAACGCUUUAUACCAAUCGUGCCAUGGCACGCUUGCGCCUGGCACAAUGGGACAAUGCCAUCGCCGACUGCAACGAGUGCCUGCGACUGUCGCCCGACAGCAUGAAGGCACAUUACAACCUGUCCCAGGCCCAUCUGGCCCUGCGCGCAUACGACGACGCCCUGAAACAUGCCCUUCGCGCUCACGAGCUCUGCGUCAAGCAAGCCGAUAAAUCACUGGCCACAAUAACAAACCACGUUCUCAAGUGUAAAAAGGAGCGCUGGGAGGCCAUGGAGAAGAAGCGUCUACGAGAAAUAAGCGGGCUAGAAGGAGAGGUUAUGGCUGUCUUACAAAGGGAACGGGACCGUCUCUUGCAAGACGAGUCGCUCACCGAGAUUCAGCGUAAGGAGCUGGAAGAUGAGUGGCAGUCCAAGCUGGAGAGGAUGCGGGAGGUCUUCGAGAGGGCGCGCCCUAAGGAGGAGAAGAAGCGAGUGGUGCCAGACUGGGCCAUUGAUGACAUCAGUUUCUGUGUCAUGGUCGACCCGGUAAUAACUAAAACAGGCAAGUCCUACGAGCGCGCAUCCAUCGUCGAGCACCUGCGCCGCACUCAGACCGAUCCCCUCACUAGGGAGCCUCUAUAUAUCUCUGACCUGCGGCCUAAUUUGGAUCUUAAGCAAGCCUGCGAGGAGUUCCUCGCUGAGAAUGGAUGGGCCGCUGACUGGUAG